AUGGCCACGCCCUUUGCCAUUCCCGUCACUGCUGCUCAGGUUGGGACGUACUUUGUGGGGCAGUACUACCAAGUGCUUCAGCAACAGCCAGACCUUGUUCAUCAAUUCUACUCCGACGCCAGCACUAUGCUUCGUAUUGACGGCAACACCAGAGAGACCGCCACUGCAAUGCUGCAAAUCCAUUCGCUUGUUAUGUCGCUCAAUUAUACUGGAUAUGAAAUCAACACAGCACAUUCCUUGGAAUCUUGGAAUGGAGGUGUUCUUGUGAUGGUUUCAGGCUCCCUGCAAACACAAAAUUUCACUGGAAGGAAGAAAUUUGUUCAAACUUUUUUCCUUGCACCUCAGGAAAAAGGUUAUUUUGUACUUAACGAUAUAUUUCACUUCAUUGAUGAGGAACUAAUGCACCACCAUCCAUCGGUCAUAUUAGCCCAGAGCAAUCUUGAUGCCAAGCUAAGUGUUCCUACUACGAUCCCUGAGCCAGUGGCUAGCUAUUUGCUGGGUGGAGAAAUUCAGACAAGAGACUUCGCGGCUCCUGCUGUCAAAGAAAAUGGUCCGGUUGAAAGUUAUGGUUUUGCAGAGCAACGGUUGCAGCAAGUUGUUGAAAAUCACCUGUCUGCAUCUGUGGAGGAACCUAUUGGAGAGCCCCAAAAGCAGACCUAUGCUUCCAUAGUACGCACUGAACCUUUACGUGUUGCUAAAGGACAACCUGCGCCUUCUGUAGCUCCCCAGCAUUCAGCUAACAGGAGUGCACUACCGGCUUCAGAGUGGAAUCACCAUCCUCAGUCCUCUGCUCAGCAGCCCAUUUCAUCAUCAAAUACAUACGAAAGGCCUGUUGCAGAGACAGCAGAUGAGGCAGCAACUCUAGAGGAUGAAGGCGAAAUAAAGUCUGUUUAUGUAAGAAACUUGCCGCCUACUGUAUCUCCAUCUGAAGUUGAGGAGGAAUUUGUGAAUUUUGGAAAACUCAAGCAGCCUGAAGGAGUGGUCAUUAGGAGUCGCAAGGAUGUUGGUGUUUGCUAUGCGUUUGUUGAAUUUGAAGAUAUUACUGGUGUUCAGAAUGCCGUCAAGGCUGGUAGUGUUGAGAUUGCUGGACGACAAGUGUACAUUGAAGAGCGGAGACCAAACAGCAACAUCCCAUCUCGAGUGGGAAGAAGGGGUAGAGGAAGGGGCAGCUACCAAGCUGAGGCACCGAGGGGCCGUUUUGUCUCUCGGGGUUUUGGGAGGGGAGGUGGCUAUGACGGAGGUGACCAGGACUACAGCCGACCAAGGGGAAAUGGCUACUAUCGUCCAAGUCCCCGACAAGAAAGAGCAAACCCAGGUUAUCAAUCAUCAAGAGGCGGGCAAAAUUCAUCAGAGUUCACUAAUUAG